AUGGGCGUAAAAGGCUUCGUUGAAGGUGGCAUAGCUUCCAUCAUAGCCGGAGCUUCCACGCACCCACUUGACCUCAUCAAAGUCCGCAUCCAACUUCAAGGCGAAUCCCACCUCCCCAACCCUGCAAUGCAGCCCGCUCUCCGCCCGGCCCUCUCCUUCACCUCCGCCACCACCUCCAUGCCGUCUACAUUCUGUGCACCCGCGCCCCAACCACCCCGAGUGGGGCCUGUCUCCCUUGGACUCCGCAUUGCGCAGACCGAAGGCAUUGCAGCGCUGUUCUCGGGGGUCUCCGCCACCAUCCUCCGCCAAACCCUCUACUCCACCACCCGCAUGGGCCUCUACGACAUCCUCAAGCGGAAAUGGGCCGACCCUGAAUCCGGAAACCUCCCGCUCCCGCGCAAGUUAGCCGCUGGACUGGUGGCUGGAGGCGUUGGCGCCGCCGUCGGCAACCCCGCUGACGUGGCAAUGGUCCGCAUGCAGGCUGACGGGCGCCUCCCGAUCCACCAGCGCCGCAACUACAAGAGCGUGAUCGACGCAAUUCGGGAAAUGUCGAAACACGAGGGGAUCACUAGCCUGUGGCGCGGCUCCUCUCUUACGGUGAACCGCGCCAUGAUCGUGACGGCAUCACAGUUGGCCUCUUACGAUCAGAUGAAGGAGGUGAUAUUGGAGAAGGGCAUCAUGAACGACGGGAUUGGGACCCACGUGGUGGCGAGCUUCGGGGCCGGGUUCGUGGCCGCCGUGGCGUCGAACCCGAUCGACGUGAUCAAGACGAGGGUGAUGAAUAUGAAGGUGGAGGCCGGGGCUACGGCACCGUACUCGGGUGCGUUGGAUUGUGCGAUGAAGACAGUGAGGGCUGAAGGUCCCAUGGCUUUGUAUAAGGGCUUUAUUCCUACCAUCUCAAGGCAAGGACCUUUUACUGUGGUCUUGUUCGUUACCUUGGAGAAGGUCCGUGAGCUCCUCAAAGAUUUUUGA